AGUAGCCCAUUUCUCAGAAAGAUCACUGCUUUUGGGUGGUUGCAGAGUCGUGCUGACCAUGUUGGAGGCCUUGCCGCUAGGACGGUUCCACCACCAGAGGCUUGACCUGAAGCGGUGGUUCCCCACCUUCUUGUCCUCCCACAAAACCCUCUUCACCGUGCUCUGGAUCGCCGCUUUCGCCUCGGUUUUCGUGUGGCAGAGGAACAUUGUAGAUGGGUUUUCGAUAUUCAGGCGAGCUCCGGCGAGGGCGAUGCCGAAGCUGAGGCCGGUGGCUUUCAAUUUGACGGAAUUUGGGGCUGUGGGCGAUGGGGUUACUUUGAACACUGAGGCGUUUGAGAAGGCGGUGCUGGCUAUUUCUAAGCUGGGGAAGAAGGGCGGUGGGCAGCUCAAUGUGCCUCCGGGACGGUGGCUAACGGCGCCGUUUAACCUCACUAGUCACAUGACUCUGUUUCUUGCUGAAGAUGCUGAGAUACUUGGAAUUCAGGAUGAGAAGUAUUGGACCUUGAUGCCACCGUUGCCUUCGUACGGGUAUGGGAGAGAGCAUCAUGGGCCUCGGUAUGGAAGUCUGAUUCAUGGUCAAAAUCUUAAAGAUAUUGUUAUAACAGGGCAUAAUGGUACCAUAAAUGGACAGGGUCAAACAUGGUGGAAGAAGUACCGCCAGAAGCUUCUCAACAACACUCGGGGUCCACUUGUUCAGAUUAUGUGGUCUAGCGACAUUUUGAUCAGUAAUAUAACAUUGCGUGAUUCUCCUUUUUGGACACUUCAUCCAUAUGACUGCAAGAACAUUACUGUUAGAAAUGUUACAAUUUUGGCUCCCGUACUUGAAGCUCCAAAUACUGAUGGAAUAGAUCCUGAUUCAUGUGAGGAUAUGGUGAUUGAGGACUGCUACAUUAGUGUAGGGGAUGAUGGGAUUGCAAUAAAGAGUGGCUGGGAUCAGUAUGGUAUUUCUUAUGGACGGCCAUCGAAGAAUAUACUCAUUAGAAAUCUUGUUGUCCGCUCUAUGGUCAGUGCUGGCGUAUCAAUUGGCAGUGAGAUGUCUGGUGGGGUUUCGAAUGUCACUGUGGAGAACCUGCUUGUGUGGAGCUCAAGGCGUGCUGUUCGGAUCAAGACUGCCCCUGGAAGAGGUGGAUAUGUGCGACAAAUAACCUAUAGGAAUCUGACAUUUGACAAUGUUCGAGUUGGAAUUGUUAUCAAGACAGACUACAACGAGCACCCCGAUGAGGGGUAUGAUCGAAAGGCUCUUCCAGUGCUUGAGGACAUAAGCUUCACAAGCGUCCAUGGACAGGGAGUUCGUGUGCCUGUCCGUAUCCAUGGGAGUGAAGAGAUUCCAGUGAGAAAUGUGACUUUCCGGGACAUGUCCGUUGGGCUAACGUACAAAAAGAAGCACAUUUUCCAAUGUGCCUUUGUUCAAGGUCGUGUGAUAGGGACCAUCUUCCCUGCCCCAUGCGAGAAUCUUGACAAGUACGACGAGCAAGGAAAGCUGGUGAAUCACUCUGCAUCCCAGAACAUGACAGACAUAGAUUAUGAUUUUUGAGGUGAGAGGUUUUCCGUUUCAAUGGCUCAGAUUUUUGGAGGUCAACAAUUUGCAACGUCUGUUUAAGAAGCAACUUGGAAGGAUGAAGAUCGACGGAGCGUUUUAUGUUAAUUUUUGUUUUCUUGUUUGUGUUUCUGCUGUUCCCACCACGUCGUUUUUUUAUUAAACGUAGUUGUAUAUACCGAAAAAUUUUCAGUUCAUGGAAAGAAAAGGGGGCAUAGUUUGAUGUUGUACACUAAUCACCUUUGCUUGCAAUUGCGUAAUGCAUGUGUUUUAUGUGUA